CAAAAACGAGCACAGGCGAGCAGCCAUUACUCCCGGACUGGCGGACAUUCGCUUCAGCAUCGCUUCAGCAUCGCUUCAGCAGAGAUAAACGGGGGAAAUAAGGAGCGAAACCGCUGAGUUUACCUGUCCAUAGGUGUGGGGUGUGUGGGGCCCUCACUUCACUUCCGUCACCUGGAGUCGGUGGCUGGGGAUUUCUUCACCUUUCUGACGCUUAGAGUUAUUUUUAUUUCCACUGUUUCUCUUUUAAAAAUGACGGUAAAUCCAGAGAACUUGGUGCUGUUCUUCACCACGACGUGCGGGGCGAGCGGCGAGCUGCUGGGGUCAGACGAAACCGAGGCGGUGCAGCUAGUCUGGCAGGUCCUCAAUUUAGUCACUAAAAAGCCCGGACGGGUGAAUGAAGUGCUGGUGAAGCCGGAGAGCCUGUGUGUGUCUGAGGAGUGUGUGGAGGUCAGUGGGGUCACCACUGAGGCCCUCAGCUCUGCGGCCCCUCUGGAAGAGGCUCUCAACCAGUUCAACGAAAGGUUGUGUUCAGAAAUAAACACAGAUGCAGGCAACUCCUUCUGUCUCUGUACUGAUGGUCAGCUGCACCUGCGUCAGGUCCUGCAUCCAGAGGCUUCCAACAAGAAUGUUCUGUUGCCCGAAUGUUUCUUCUCUUUUUUUGACCUUCGGAAAGAGUUCAAGAAAUGCUUUCCAUCUGAAGCUGAUCAUAAGGAAUUGGAUCUUAAAUUCAUGACAGAUUACCUGAAUUUGAGUGAGGAUUCCUCUGAUCAGGUCUUCACUGCACAAAAGAUUCACCAGAUGUCCAGCAUUGCCCAAGCACUCAUCUCUGAGCCUACCUGUCAUGUCUUCUCUUGCCCAGAGAAAGUAAAUGAGAAGUUUGAAACCGGUACAUGCAGCAAGAUGGAGCGGAUAGAUGACAACACUGUGAUCAGGGCACGAGGUCUUCCCUGGCAGUCCUCAGACCAGGACGUUGCACGUUUCUUCAGGGGCCUCAACAUUGCCAAAGGAGGUGCUGCUCUGUGUCUGAAUGCUCAAGGCAGGAGGAAUGGCGAGGCUCUAGUACGGUUCGAGAGUGAAGAGCAUCGAGACUUGGCUUUGCAGAGACACAAACAUCACAUGGGCUCCAGAUAUAUUGAGGUUUAUAAAGCCACAGGUGAAGACUUCUUAAAGAUUGCAGGAGGCACCUCUAAUGAAGUUGCUAACUUCUUGUCGCGGGAGAAUCAGGUGAUUGUACGUAUGCGUGGGCUGCCGUUCACGGCCACAGCGGAGCAGGUUCUGCAGUUCUUCUCUCCAUCGUGUCCGGUGACGGACGACGGCGAGGGCAUUUUGUUUGUGCGCUUUCCCGAUGGCAGGCCCACCGGGGACGCCUUUGUUUUGUUCUCCUGUGAGGAGUAUGCUGAGAAUGCACUUAAAAAGCACAAGGAGAUCCUGGGCAAGAGAUACAUCGAGCUGUUCAGAAGCACUGCAGCCGAGGUUCAGCAGGUAUUAAACAAGUACUCUUCGGCUCCGCUGAUUCCAGUUGCCCCCUCCCCGAUCCUGCCGAUUGUGCCACAGCCCACCUUUGUGCCAUCGCCAGCUGCUAUUGCUGCAGUAGUUGGAACGAGGGACUGUCUGAGACUAAGGGGUCUGCCCUAUGACGCCUCUGUUCAGGACAUACUGCUCUUCCUGGGAGAGUACACUGCUGACAUCAGACCACAUGGAGUACACAUGGUGCUCAACCAACAGGGACGCCCUUCAGGUGAUGCGUUCAUCCAGAUGCGGUCAGCAGAGAGGGCGCACCUGGCGGCACAGCGCUGCCACAAGCGGAGCAUGAAGGAGCGCUAUGUGGAGGUAUUCCCCUGCUCGGCGCAGGAGAUGAACAUCGUGCUGAUGGGAGGCUCGCUCUCCAGGAGUGGCCUCUCGCCGCCGCCAUGUAAGUUACGACGUCUCACUCCUGCAUCGUACUCUUUCCCUCCUGGAGGAGCUGUACUUCCCACUGGAGCAUUACUUCCUGCCGGGGCAGUUCUUCCAGUGGAGGCAGCACCUGUAUACCACUCCCAAUUCCUGUUGAGUCCUCGCCCCCUAGCACCUGCUUUCUACCCAGCAACCAACCAGAUGUAUAUGAACUACACUGCCUACUAUCCAAGUCCCCCAGGCUCCCCACCCAACAUGGGCUACUUCCCCACAAGCCACGCCCAAUCAGCAGGAUCUGUCCUCUCCAGUCCGCCCACAGCAAUGAUCAGGAUGCAAAGCCACACCUCUUCCCAUGCCUACCCCAACGGAGUUAAAGAGUUUCUCAGCAUGGUGCAGAGCUAUCAGCCCAGCAACAGUGAUGCCUUGGUAACCCUCCCCUCCCUUCUGCCAGCCAAACAGUCCAUUGGAGACCAGAGCCUUGGAGGCGGAGCUUAUCUGGACUUGCAGCUGCUACAUGCCACUUCAAUGUAAAAUUAUAGACCAGCCCCCAGAACCGCAGCAAGUUAUAUCACUCUAGCUAUUUAUGUGAAACCUAUAAAAAGAAUAUAUGUAUUUGAAAUUAGAUUUUUUUAUGUAUUGCACACUGUGUAUUAUUUUGCAUUAGUAUAUGCAUUAGAUAUGUUCUCCUCAUAGGCAAAUACUGGACAUGUGUGUUUCUGUUUUGUGCGAGUGUGUGAGAGAGUGUGUGCUCAAGUGUGGUAGAAAGAUGAACUCAAUCACUCAGGAAAUCCAUCAGUGACAAUCAGCAGACUCUGCUUAGUUUCUGCCUCCUGCAUCAAAACAGACACUUUCCUUUUUCCUGUAAUUGUUCAUUUUUUAUUAUCAGUUAAAGCCAAAGCAUUAGAUUUCUACGAGUCUAUGAGUGAGUGUAUGUGUCAUUUCCUUCAAACAUGCUGGUCUGCGCAUGAGUGUGUGUGUGUGUGUGUGAGUGUGUAUGCCUGCAUGUAUGAGUGUUUGUACCUAUAUCCCAACUGAUGUGACUGUACUAUGAGUAUGUGUGUGUUUUUAUAUACAGUACUGUGCAUAGUCAGGGAGUGCCCUUCAUUUUUAACUGUGUUAAAAAAUGAGUUAUUCAAUUUUUGGACAUUUAUUAAUAUAAAACAAAUACACAAAAAAAGUAGCUGCUAAAUCUAAAUCAAUAACUGAAUCUAAUCUAACUUUUAUACGCCCUUCAUUCUUUUCAGGAAACCUACUUUCACUUUCUCUUCAGGGAGAUUCUUCCACAGCUUCAAAGUUCAGUCUAAAGGCAGAAACACACUAAGAGCAAGACAAAAAUACAAACCAACUCAAUACAAAGUUAAUUGUGCCAUUAAAAAAAAGAAAACAAGCUGGUAGAAUGUGUGUAGGAAUACUGAAUUAACUCUGAACCUUUGGAAACUGUAUCUCUAAAAACUAAAAUUCCACACAGUAAAAGUCCCUGUCACACAAAAAUCAUUAAACAGUGAUUUUAUCUAAACAGUUACACAGAGUAACUGGAGCAUUUUUGACUGACAUUACAUCUGGUGUGAAAGGCUUCAUAAGUAUCCAUGCUUUAAAUAACAGACACAUAAUUCACUCAAAAAAUGUAUUUGGUGUGUAAGGGCCUUUCAGUGACAGCAUGAACACAUUCAAUCACAUUCACAUUCUUUUACAUCCACAGUAAGUGUACAUAUUUACAUAAUGUGUACAGAUAGUAAAUCACAAUCAGAUUUUGUUAAUAAUCCAAUCUGUGUGCAGCUUUCUGAAAGAAAUCAGUGUGGGUGUAUACAUGUACUAAGAAUCUAAUUACUGAGCUAACCAGCUCUCUUUGUUGAAUUGGAUUUUUAGGUCUUAAUCCAAUCUAACGCUGUGUUCACAUUACAAGCCAGGUCAGAUCUUGACGGUUCACAUUCACACAUUGAUACCGGUAUGAACAUCGCCUUCUUCACCAACAGCAAAAACGUCAUACUUGAGAGACGACUUGUAGCUUUAUAAAGUUGACUAAUAUACAUUAGUUAAAAAACAAUGAUUAAUAAAAAUAAUCUUAACUUGGCUCUGUUAAUAAUAAGUAAGAUAUUCUGUCCUAGAUUAAGAAAAUUCGGUACCACUUUAAAAUAAGACAUUUAUAAAGGGUUUAUAAAUGGUUUACAAUGGUUACUAAUUAGGUUGUAAAUGCCUUAAAAGUCUUAAAAAUUUCCUAAAUUUCCUUUGGGAUAAAUAAAGUAUCCAUCUAUCCAUCUGUCCAUAUUUCCAACUAUCCAACUAUCCAUCCAACUAUCCAUCUAUCCAUCUAUCUAUCCAACUAUCUAUCUAUCUAAUAAUCAGUUAUAACACAUAUGUAGAAAGGGCAACAAUAACCUGUUGUUUGCCAAAUAGUGAACCCACAGCCAUCUAUAUUGUUGCUCUUUCUACGUAUGUGUUAUAACUGAUUAUUAAUGAUUUUUAAGGCUUUUACAACCUAAUUAGUAACCAUUAAUAAACUAAUUGUAAACCAUUUAUAAACCCUUUAUAAAGGUAAUCUUAUUUUAAAGUGUUAUAUCGAAAAUUCUAGUAAAGGUUCUCGGACAGUUUUUGAAAACAGGCAACUAAUUAAGCAAUUUCUGCUUCAGAACAGUUGGACUGGAAAUGAAAUAAAUGAAGGGUGAUCCCAGACGUUUGCACAGUCCUGUUUAUACGUUAAUGUUGACUUGACUUUCCUAGUUUUGAAGCUUCCAUGAUGAAGUUCAAAGAGCUAACUGAGACAAAAUGUUUACAAGGUUCGUCCAGAUCUCCUCACACUUGGUAUGGUGGAGGUGUCGGCGUCCUCUCUUGUAGAAGUCAAAACCAUUACUGUCUGCAGUAAUCAUUUCGCCAAAAACCUUUCAGGGCCAGAAUCAGGAACAACAGGUACUUUCUGUACUCAGUGCGUGUGUGUACGAGUGUGUACGAGUGUGUAUGAGAGUGUGAGUAGCUGUCAUUGUGCCUUAUCAUUGUCAAUGUGUGUGUUCUCGCCACCCUCAACCAAAUAGGACGGUUGAAGAGUCUAUUAUUUGUGCAUUGUUUUAUAUAUUUUUUUUAGUUUGUAACAGAUGGAAAUCUACUGAUUGUGUAUGUUUUCUAUGUGUAUGUCUGUAUGUGUAUGUGUAUGUGUGUGUAUGUGUGUGUGUGUGGCCAAACACAUUAUAGUAAGUAGUACAAGUACUGAGUUCUGCACUCAACUGUGCAGUAAGUUGUGCAGUAGGUGUGCUGGGCCUGCUGUAACUCAUACACACACAUAUAUACACCCACAUAUAUAUUUGUAUUUCAAAUUGAUGUCUGUACGAGUUUGUGUGAGCGUAUAAUGUUGAUUAAUGUAAUGUUAUGUGAUCUGCUGCAGCUGUAUUGAAAGCACAGGUCUGCCCUCAUGGCUUUUUAAUGCCCAUGUUCCUGAUUUCUUAUACUCAUUGCUAUUUAGUGAUGAUUUUUGUGCAUGCCUAAGCUUUUUAUAAGAUGUAGGAAUAAAAAUGUGUUUCAGUAAGAUGAGACGCCACUUUAUGUCUGUUUAGAUCCCACCCCAGAUGUGCCAACUGGAAGUAGUACACGCAGCACUACUCUUAAUACUUUUAAUCUGAUGAUUUAAAUUUACCUCAUUCACUAAAGGUCAGAUGUUUGAGAUUAUUGGGCCUCAUUCACCAACAUCUACUGUAAUUACGAAAAGUCAGGUUCUGACAAUGUUACAUCUGUCAGAUUUAUAGUUUAUAUAUUUAAGCAAUAAUACACUUGAGGGUCAUGCUAUAACGUGUAAUAUUGGCACUGCUGUGCUGUGGUUGUAGGCACGAGACUGCAGUGCCAAUAUUACAUGUUCUAGCACGAACCUCUAGUGUAUUAUUGCGAUUAUAACACUAUUACAUUUUUUUGUUAAAGAGGAUGACAAAAUAGGAUCUGUUUGGUUAUAAAAACUCUGCGAGUUAAAAUAGUUCCAUUGCUGCUCUGUUUGUAGCUGUGCUGUUUGGUUUGUAAGCGCUGUAUCGUUGCUAGGUUACCUGUAUGUGGCGGAGUGCAUUACCAUCUGAUAACAGCACUCACAGAACGCCUCUCAGCCAAUCACAUUGCAGGCUCAGAACUAACUGUGGUAUAAUGGUUAUUAGAUUUACAAUAAGGGUGCAUUAAAUUACAAUAUUUACAGCACUAAUGAACAUGGCUUAAUAGUUAAGUAAUGUCUCAAAUAAUUAUUAAUUGAUACUAGUUUAUUAUUAAUGUCUGAGAAUAUUGUAUAAUAUCAUGUUAAUUAAUAAUCAACUAAUACGUUAAUUAAAAAACAAUGUUUAAGAACAUCUUAACUUGGGUCAGUUAAUAAUUAGUUGAGGUAUUUUGUUGUAAGUACUGUUAAUUAAUGUAUCCUUAAUUGUAAAAUAUUGCAGAUGUAUGUUUUAAAUCUAAGAUGUUCACAGCUCUGCUCUCUUAAUCCUAGAUUUAAAAAAUGCUAGUAAAUGUUCUCAGAAUGUUUGUGAAAACUGCGUAAGUAUGUUUUAGAAAUCAAGCAAUUUCUGCUAAAGAACAGUUGGUGAAUAAGGCCCAUUGUCUUUAAUAAUUAUUAUAUUAAAAAAAAAGAGCAUAUUGUCGAUGUCCAAUCAAAAACAUGCAUCUCAAAACAGCAACUUUACAGGAAGAAGAUAAAACCUUCUUAACUUUCAAUAUAAGUCAGUGUAAAAGAGUUUAUUUCAGAUCAUUUUGGGGAAUUUCUAUUGGUGCAUUCUUUGAGAAAAUGUGGUACAGUGUAAGAGACAGUUUUUUUUUUGUUCAAAUUAUGUAGUAAACUAAAAAUUUACCAAAAAAAAGAAUAUGAGAUACUUGUUUUUCAUUGGACAGCGACGAUAUAUAAUCUGAUUUACUUAAGUGUAGCAUAUAUUUAAGUGCAACCUACAUACAGUUUCAUAAGAGGUCAUAUUUAUACGAAUUGUGACUAGUUCUAAUUACACUCCAAGCAAAAGGAAAUAGUGCUGUAAGUGGGUCUUUGACCGAUGCUAUUGAAAUCAGGUCAUCAAAUCUGGACCUUGAAUCCAGUUUCCAGUCCCGGAUUUAGUAAUUACUGCAAGUUAAGGGAACGGCUGAUGUAAUUGAUUGGUCAUAUAGGAUCACACCCACCGAGGAGCACAAAGUCCAGGAACGGAAACUGGAUUCAAGGUCCAGAUUUGAGAGGGAAAAAAACUCUCUCAUAAGAAUCGUCUUUGUAAUGGAGAUGUAAGACUGAGGAAACCUAACCAGUUUCUAACAGACUAUCAGAAAUCCAAUAGCAGGACAAAAUAUCAAAAACACAACAUAAAAUAUAAGACCCCUUAGUAAGGAAGCUAAAGCGAUAGUGGUUAAGAAAAUUUCCCUCAGAACUGGAGGAAGAAACCUUAAGAAAAAACAAGACUCUUCCUCUGAUCACCACCAAUUACCAAAUACCAAUUAUAUAUAUAAAAAAAAAUACACCAAUACUCCAAUCUCUAAUUAAGACGUUUCUUAAUGUAAUCAAACACUGAUAUUUUAUGGAACGUCUCAAAGAACCAUUUGUAGCUCCUUUUUCAAGCUAUGUUCAAGUUUAUUAUAAUACUGUACCAAUAUAUAUCCAUACAUAUGACCAAGGUCCAAUGUUUUGAGUGCUGGUGUGUACCACUGGAGAACGUAAGUGAGAGCUCGUUUGUUUGGCUGUUAUAUUGUGGAGAAAGUGUUAUUUUAUUUUGAUAUUUUUGUGUUAACUUAAAAAAGCAAAUAAAAUAAAAGUUAACACUUGUA